AAUUCACUUGUCAUCAAAUGAGUUUGAAAUGUUGUUUUCUUCGUAAGCAAAUUAUUUAAAGAAAAGAUCUAAAAUGGUUUUAAAGAUAACCAAUCCUAUCCAAUAAAAACUCCCAAGAUCGCCUGUAAGUCCGCCACGUCAGCACUAACCUGAUCGGGAAACCCAAAACGAGUGGGUGGAAUCGUCUCCAACUACGCGCAGAGAAAGAAAUCAUCUCCACAACACAAACCCAAUUAAUAUAUCAAAUCUCUCUCUGAAGUUUAAAUGACACUUACUUGUUUUCCAUUAAUCUCAAAGAUAAUAAAACACUAAACUGCUUCUGAUUUGUUGUGUUGUUUUCUGUUACUGCUAGAAGCGAGCGCCAGAGCCAUGGCUUCCCUUUCAAUCUCUUCCUCUUCUUCGACAAUCAUCGACUCUAGAGCUCCUCCUCGACAAGCCUCCGCCUCUUCUCCCUCAUGUAUCUCCCUUCCGCUGCUUCAUUCUCGUAACCGCGCCGUCAAAACCACUGCUUACUGUCGGAAGGUUCUGACGAGAGCUACUGAAUUUGAAGCUCCGGUCACUGCUGAUGCUGAGUCUACAGAGUUACCGGAAAUCGUCAAGACGGCCCAAGAAGCUUGGGAAAAAGUUGAGGACAAGUAUGCAAUUGGUUCUCUCGCAUUCGCUGCUUUGGUGGCUCUUUGGGGAUCUACUGGCCUCAUCUCGGCAAUCGACAGGCUUCCAUUGUUUCCUGGUGUUUUUGAACUUGUAGGCAUUGGUUACACUGGGUGGUUCGCUUACAAGAACCUGAUCUUCAAACCAGACAGGGAGGUUCUGUUUCAGAAGGUCAAGGACACAUACAGAGACAUCUUAGGAAGCAGCUAGAGGAAGGUGAGAGCCACUCAUGAACUGAGUGAGUGAAAAUCUUAGAAGAAUCUAACACAUGCCUCUCUCUUUCUCUCUGUGCUCCUUGUAGCUCAAAAUAUCAUCCGUUUUAUCUGUGUGCUGUAAAUUCCAUCCUCUGUCUAUGUGCUCCUUGUAGCUUAAAAUAUCAAUCCAUUUUAUGUCAAGUGUUGUAUUCCUCAAGACUAUGCAUGAUGAGAUGUGUAUUUUGUUUUUCUAAAGUUUUCAAACUCUCCGCUCUAUUUAGUUGACAAAGCAAAAACCAAUAUAUCUUAACUAUGUGUUACUAGAGGCGUUAGUAUGUCUUCACUAUAUGUUACAAAGUUGUAUCAGAAGGAGCAUAACAUGUUCUUCCUAUCCAAAUAUUUUGCUUGUUUGGUUAAUACGGAUGCAUAGGAUUCUCUUCGUGGGUUGUUACGAGAGGGACGAACUGUGGAGAACGUGGAGUUAAGUUAGAGUGGGCCAUUCCAAGAAAUUCCUGAGGGUUGAUUUGCUAUAGUGAGGUUUGAACAGUUACGCUACCAACUUUGAAGGAAGUGUUCGUUGUGUGACAAGAUGGGUUCGUUGUGAUGGCUAGGGAAUCACUUGCUUAAAAACUGUGAUUUCUUGAAUACAUAUACUUAUUUCGUGACUAACAAGCAACUAACUUGAUUUUGUAACUGAUACAUUUAAAAAAGGAA